AUGAAGAUAUGUGCUUACAAUAAUAAUAAAACAGUUAAUAAUAAUUAUGAACGUAAAAGACAUUCAAAAAAUAGAAAAAGGCCACGACAAUUAAAUAAUAAUGAAGAUAAUGAGGAAUAUAAUCAACAAAAAGAAAAAUAUUUUGGAAAAGAAUAUCAAAAUAAUAAUAUUCUUUAUAUUGUUGCUAAGGCAUUUUUACCUUUAGAAGAAAGUAAUAAAGAAGAUAAACAAAAUUUUGGAAAAGUUGAAAAUUAUGAAAUUAUUGAGGCAGUUACUGAACCAAUUAAAUGUGUUCAUCAAGUCGGCAACCCAGAUAUUUUAAAAAUAUCACUAGAAUCAUGUCCUUCUAAUGGAGGCCAAGAACUUUUUAUUAUUGGAAGAAAUUUUGAUCCAAAAGAUACAAAUGUUUUAUUCAGAGAAUAUAAAAAUGAUGGUUCACUUGGCUGGACAGCAAAAGCUUUAAUUGAUAAACGAUUUUUACAUCAAUGUUAUAUUGUGUGUACAAUUCCCCCUUAUCGAAGUAAUUGUCGAGGGGCUACUGUUUCUUUGACUGUUGUUUGUGGGUCUAAACAAAGCCAUCCAAUUAAUUUUUUAUACACAACUUGUGUUGAGGAUGAUGAUUGGCGACCACCAGAUUGCUCUUUUUCUUCAAAUGCCGAAUGCUCCUCUUCCUCUCAAUUAACAUGGUCUUCUUCUAUUGCUGUUCCACACCAACAAGAAACUCAAAAUUAUUUUUAUGAUGAAACACAAAAACAACAAUUAUUUAAUAAUUCUUUUCAAAAUGAAAAUUAUUUAAACAAAAACAACUUUGAUAUUCAUCCAUUUAUUUUUAAUAGUUCAAGUAGAACUUCUAUUAAUCAACAAUAA